AUGUCGGCGUCUAAAACUGCGCCAGCACAACCGUCGCAGCCCUCCCGCAAGGGUAAGAAGGCAUGGCGCAAACACGUCGACAUCACGGCCGUGCAAGCCGGCCUCGAGACUCUCCGUGAAGAAAUCAUUCAACAUGGACGACCCCUCGCUGAAAAGGCGCAAGGCGAAAUCUUUGCGCUGGAUACUGUCGGGUCAUCAAAGGAAGAAGUGUCCAAGAAGGCGAAGGAUGGCCACAAAAUCAAAGUGCUGAAGAUGGACGAGAUCCUGGGACGGCGGAGUGCGGUGCCUGCGCUGCCAAGUGGGAAAAAGAGGCCCCUUGACGCUAGAAUGACAGAUGGAGUGGUUGCGACAAAGAGGCAGAAAACAGAUUGGGUCAGCAAGAAGGAAGUUGCUCGCCUACGGAACAAGUUGGACAAGCCAUCGCAUCUCGAUUUGGAGGAUAUCCACGGCGAGCCCUCGAAUUUCGAUCUCUGGGACACGACCGACAACGCCGUCCAACCCGCGUCCGCUUCGGCUUUGGCCUCUUCAGAAGACCAGCAAGGAAGCGAGUAUAUCCCCAGACCCAAGCCGAAGAUUGCACCGCCCACCAUUCGCCGUCCACCCAUCGCCCUAACACAAAACGGCCUUCCCACGCACGCCGUGCCCACCCCGGAUGCUGGUCAUUCAUACAAUCCCUCUUUUGAGGACUGGGACACUCUGCUGACCCGUGAAGGGGAGCGUGAAAUCCAGGCCGAGCAAAAACGUCUCGCCGAAGCACAACUGGCCGCUGAAAAGCAGGCGCGUAUCGACGCUUUGGCCGCUCAACCAGAGCGCCAACCGGGCGAUGACGGAGAAAGCGAAUGGGAAGGCUUUGAGACGGAGCCUGAAGUUACCGAAUCAGAAAUGAGAAAGCGAAAACGACCCGAGCGGAAGACUCCCGCACAGAAGAACAAACUGAAACGCCGCAAAGAGGCGGAGCGGUUAGCCAAGCACGAAGCGAAAAUGGGCGCUCAGCAAAAACGGGGCGAAGAGAUCGUCAAAGCCCUCAUCACCCGACAAGAGAAGGAGGAGCAGGGCGCCAUACAAGCCGCAGAGCCUUCACGAGGAACAUCAGCCUUGCGGAGAAAGACGACACUGGGGCCCUCGCGCGCUAGUAUUCUCCCACCCCGAUUAGAACUCGUCCUGCCAGAUGAGUUACAAGACUCCCUUCGCCGCCUCAAACCCGAGGGAAACUUGUUGGAGGACCGUUUCCGCAACCUGCUGGUAAAUGGGAAACUCGAAGCUCGAAAACCUGUGUCCUACGCCGCGAGUCGGAAGAAGCAAGUCAAGUUCACAGAGAAAUGGUGGAGUAAGGAUUUUGCAAUUGGGGCUUGA